AUGCCAGCUGAACAUCUCAGAAGUCCAAGAUGCCCGUUCGAAGUCACAGCCACGAGUUCGGCCCUGUUCUACCAGAACCGGCUCACGUCAAUCAGAAGUCCAAGAGAGAGAAGCCGUUUCCUUGAUCUUUGCCUUCAACAAUGGUUAUCCACUCCAGAUCAUCGACACCACCAGGUUCGCCGCCCAGCAAACUUCCGGAACCUCCCUCUUCAACCCAACCUUUUGGGGAACAAGACUCCAGAUGGAACCGCCACCGCCGAUCCGGACUUCAUCGAGAGCCCGGAAAGACUCAACGUCGCCAUCACCCGCACCAAGUCGCUUUGCCUCGUGUUGGUCGACGUCGCCGCAGCCGGACGAUCGAAGUUAUGGUCCAACCUUUUCUGCAAGAUCCCGCCCGGAGCCUUCCACAACAAUCCGAGCCACCUCAUGCGGCAUCUGCAGACACUCCACUAG